AAACUAACUCUAUAUUUUCUCACUCAUUCAUAACUCUAGAGACCAAAAGAUCUCAAAAACCUUGAAACGAAAUACAAAAACCAGAUAUGAAGAUCACAAGUGGUUUUCUGUUCAUGAUUGUGGUGUUGCUUGCCACUACUGCAACACUUUCCACCACCACCUUAGCUAGACCUCGGCAACAAGAGACAAUAUUCAAAUCAGAACUCACCAAGUCCCCAUCAUCAUCAAAAGUAAACAAAGGGUCAAACAAGGGUGGUUCUAGUGGUGGAACUGGUGGAGGAAUGCCAGGUUCCGGUGGAGUUAUACCAGGUGCCGGUGGAGGCAUACCUGGUGCUGGAGGAGGCAUACCAGGUGCUGGUGGGAUGCCAGGUGCCGGAGGGAUGCCAGGUGCUGGAGGUAUACCUGGUGGUUAUGGAAUACCGGGCGGUUACGGAGUACCUGGAUUCGGUGGUAAUAAUGGUUGGAGUGGAGGAUAUGGAGGUGGAGUUGGUGGUCCAAGUGGUGGAUAUUCAAAAGGAGGAGUGAUAAGGCCAACAGUUGUGUGUAAAGAGAAAGGUCCAUGUUAUAAGAAGAAAUUGAGAUGCCCGGCAAAGUGUUUUACCUCAUACAGUAGGUCUGGUAAAGGUUAUGGUAGCGGUGGUGGUGGCGGUGGUUGUACUAUGGACUGUAAGAAGAAGUGUAUUGCUUACUGUUAGAGAGUAGCAGGAGGAGAAUCAAGAGCUAUUAUAGAAACAUUAUAUAUGUAAGUGUUGGUUUUCAGCUCUGUAACUAGAAAUGCGGUAGUAUAUAGAUAUUAUUAGGAGUAGCGUGCUAUACUGAUCACAGUUUAUGCGAUUGAGAGUACUGAUUCCCAGUGAAAACAUAUAAGCCACGGCUUUGAUUCCUUCGAUAGGAGUCUGGAGCUAAUCUGUUACUUGCUGGUUAUGUUUCCUUUGUUUGCAGUGCAUGUGAUUUUGUAGUUGCGAUGUUUCCUUCUUCCAUGUAUAAGAUAUUAUAGUUAUUAUCUACCUUGUUUCGGUGUUAUGUAUAAGAUUAUUAAGGCUAUGAUGGUUGCCAUUGUUACUAGUGAAAAUGGAAUAUUAUUUACAAGUUA